AUGCUGGCAAUCCUGGUGUGGGCGAGUGGAUGUCGUCAGAGACCUCCCACCAACCAACAGACCAACACGGAGUGGAUUUGCAGCCACAUGUUGCUGUGGCAACUAACCCAUAUGCUGUACAAGAACCGCAUAAAGAGGGCAGACAUUGACAAUAUUCGUAAUGUAAUAUCUGUAUCCGAAUGUCUCCUGUUGUGUCCCCCACAAGGUUUCCAGUUUGUCUUCAAGCAACAUCUCACUGGUGUCUUUAUGUCUCAUGCCAGUGUAACCUUUGAGCCGGGAAACUUCAGGUGUUCCGCCACUGCCAAAGUGUUUGCAUACACAUGGACCUUCGGCUGGUUCCUGUGCAAGGCCAUUCACUACUUGCAGAACGUCUCGGCCAUUUGCUCCGUCCUCACUCUCACCGCGAUGAGCAUGGAAAGAUAUUACGCCAUCCUGUUUCCGUUCCAAUCGAAGUACAUCCUGACCAUCCGACAGGCGCAGCGGAUGACCGGCCUCGUGUGGUUCCUCUCCGUCAUCCUCUCCAUUCCCAUCCUCUUCGCGCAG